GACUGGCGACGACUUCAGUCUUUCAGUUCGGCUGACACACACACUGUGUACUAAUCCGAAGAUCAUCUUAGGCCGAGGCUGAGAGAGAGAGCCUUUGGUAACGGCGCGACAACGAAGACGAAGGAUGCCUUGCCAAUAAUAGAAGACAACAGCACUACAGGAUUCUCAGUAGGAUUCUCGGCAAAAUGCUCGCCAAGAUGUGCCUUAGCCCUGCGAUCUUUGCUUUCUUCACCCUGGUUAUUACCACUGUAGUGUCGCAGUUUACACAAUUGGAAGAAAACAGAAAAGGCACGGAAUUAAUUUUAGACAUUAGCGAUGAACACAAGGCUCAAUAUUUAAAUCAAAAUUUUUAUUCGAAUGCGUAUAACUACGGUUAUGAAGUGAAUCCUAAUGGACAAUUUCAUCACGAAGUACAUGGGCCAGACGACAUUACAUAUGGAUGUUAUGGCUAUGUAGAUCCUUUUGGAAAAUUAAAAACAACAUUUUACGUAAGUGAUGGAUGGGGAUACAGAGUAGUCCAGCCAGGGCAAAACGUCGAACUAUUUUUUCACGAACAUGAACAUCAUGAGAAUAGUCAAUCUCAAGAGAAUGAUAAUAACGAGCGUCAUGAUCAUCACGGCAUUCUAACAGCUUGGGAUAAGUUACAUUUUCCACCCAUAUGUGCACAAUUUGAAGGGACGAAUACUAAUCCUACUGUGAUACCACCAUCAGAACCAGAAACACUUGGGACCCCAGGAAUUCCUGGGAUAGCUAAAUAUCCUGCCGCUCCUGGCACACCGGAAACACCAUCUCGAUCUGGACACCUCAAAAAAUCAGAAACUCCUACAAUUCCAAGAAGAUCAGAACCUCCUGAUAUUCCAACCUCAUCAAGAACUCCUAAUCUUCCAGGAAGACCAGGAACACCGAGAAAACAAGAAACACAUGCAUCAUAUAUCGAACGCUUUGAAAAGCCGGGCACACCAAAGACUCCUGAGUCCUCAAACAUUCCAGGAAGACCAAAAACUCCUGACAUUCCAAGUACCCCAUCACAUCCUGGAUUCCCUAGAAAACCUGCAAGAGUAAGGAUUUCUAGUACUACGAGCACACCAGAAAAACAAUAUUAUUCGGAAUAUCCUAGCACAUCUGGAACAUCUGUCACCCCAGGAAAACCAUUCCAACAUUCAUAUCCUGGCACGUCUAGUAUUCUUGUUAUUCCAGAAAAACCAUCGCAACCAGGCAGUAUUUUACGUAGACCAGAAACUCCUAGAACUUCUGUUACUCCGAGCAAGUCAGGAACAUCGUAUUAUUCGAGCUAUCCUGAAAGAUCAAGAACUUCUGAUAUUCCAGCCAUAAUAGGAACACCAUUGCAUUUUACGUACCCUGAUACAUCAAGAAUUUUUGUUACACCAGAUAAACAAAACACUCUUGGUACUCCAAAUUCAUCCGGAAUACCAUUCAUAAAUCCUGAUACACCAGAGACUCCUGGAAGUCCCGGAACACCAGAAACGCCAAGAACACUACCGCAACCUUUAUAUUUGAACACAAGAACUUUAAACAAUACAGAUAGAGAAGAUACUCCUGCACGUUCUGAAGAUACACCACCUUCGAGCCCUGACAUAUCAGAAACUUCGGAUAACUCAAACGAAGGAAGUAAUUCUGGAAUAGAAGCACUACCAUCUCCUGCGUAUUCAGAUACACCAGACACAUCAUCGCAUCCUAUAUCCACAAGAAUAACGUUUCAUCCUGACAUACCAGCGACUUCUGCAUAUUUGGGUGCAGCAGGAGCUUUUAGUACUCAAGGUAUACCAAACCCUCAAAAUAUACCCAACAUUUCUGAACAUAUUCAACCUUCGUACAUUACAAAUGAAUUAGACUAUCGCGAAUUAACAACUCCACUGAAUCCUGUAACUCCUGACAUACCAAACAUAAUUUACUCUUUCUCGAGAACAACUACCGCAGACUCAUUAAAUCUAUCAUCGUCUUCUUCGUACCAUAACACCACAGACAAUGUUAUAGUAACACCAGCAAUCUCACAACCAUCAUCAUCUUCUGAAAUUCUUGGCGUUGCUAUAACAACAGGAACUUCUGAUAUUUCUGAAUUUCCUGGAACAAUAAAAAUACCAUUUCUUCCUGAAAUCCCUGACAUAUCAGAAAGACCAGAUACUCUUAGACAGAUAGACACUUUUGCGUGCCCAAGCACUUCUACACAUCCAAGCACUUUUACACAGCCAGAUAUUUCUGAAGACUCUCAAAAACGUAAGUGGCCACACACAGUUGCAUUUUCUCAAACAUCAUCCUAUUCUAAAAUUCCUAAAAAAUGCGAUAAAAGUACUCAAACAAUGUCUAAUCCAUUUCAAUCUAUAAUCAAUACAAAACAAAAGAGACCAACCAGUCUUGAGCUCAAUAAAGGAAAAAAAGCACUUAAGAGACGCUAUAAUUUCCCUGAAAUACUGUCGCUUUCUGGAAACCACUCGCAGCCUACAUAUUCUGGCAUACAAUGGACUUCUGGCAUUAUCGCAGAACAUGGUAUGCCAUCUAUUCCUAUGACGAAUACACCAGAGAUUUCUAGUAGUCAAAAUAUUCUUGAACAGACUGGAGUUUCGAGUACUUCAGAUGGAUCAAACAGUCGCGGAGAUAAAAGAUCACCGCGUCCUUUAACCCCUGACAUAUCAAACACAUCAAUAAAUUCACGAUUAGCAUUAUCUUCUAGAAUACUUUCCAUUGCAAAGUCACGACUAGUUCUUAACAUUCCUAAAUUUUCUCGCCCAAUAAGAACACUAUUCCAUCCUGAAAUACCUAACAAACCAAGAAGACUAGGCAACUCUGAACAGUCAAACAUUACAGGACAACAUAACACAUCAGAAAUAACACAACUUCCUGGACACUCUGCCACUCUACCAUAUUGCAUUCAUAGUAUUACAGGAACUCAGAGAAAAAAAUUAUCAUCUUCUACAUCUUCAAGUAUACCAGAAACAUCAAUGCGUUCGGCAAAUGCUGACAAACCAUCAACUCCACAAAUUACAGAACAACUAACAAGAACACUAUCUGAUACACAUUCGAACACACAAGAAACAUCAUUAUUAUCUAACACAGCAGGGUCUUUUAAUUUUCCAAGUAGCUUAAAAAUUACUAAAUUAUCUAAAAAACCUGUUAGAGAAAAGACUUCUAGUCCUACAGGGCUCUAUCGUCCUAUAAAGAUUGAAAUUUAUAAAGUAGAUACAAAAGCUGAUCUUAAAAACAUCAAUACAUCGGAAACAGUACCAGAUACUUCUCUUUCUUCGUCUACAAUAGAUCCUCCUGCACAGUUUGCCAUACGAAAUACUUCUCAUACGUCACGUAAAUUAAACUUUUCUGAAUACAUUGACAAAUCAAAAGAAAUAUCAUAUGAUGAACACUCUCGCAUACCACCAUAUUGCAUUAAUGAUAUUGCAGAAACUCCAGAGAGACUACCAUCUUCUGCACAGUCGGUGCAUCAGAAACAUUUGCAGCCUGGACAGUCUGGCAUACCAUCGACUUCUGUUACCGCAGAAAUUACAACAAGAACACCACAUCUUGGAUAUUCGAAUACACCAGAAACACCAUCGUAUCCUGUACACGUUGACACCUCAGAAACCUCAGAAAAACUGUCACCUCUUGCACAUUUGGAUGCAGUAAUAACGCCAGAGUAUCCUGUAUACCCUGACCCAUCAAAAACACAACCGCAUUUUCAAUACUCUGGCACAGCAGGGAUUCCUAGUUCUCCAAGUAAAUCUAUAAGUUCUGAACAAUUUGUCAUACCAGAGAUUAUUGUUACUCCAAGUACUCCACGUACCCCAUAUAUUAAACAAUCUGACAUAUCAAGAAUACAAGCGUAUUCUGAGGAUGCUAACAUCGCAGAGACUUUUAAUUCUACAGGAGAACCACAUCAUCCUAUAGAGCUUGCCGUAAAAGAAGCAUAUAGUACCUCAGAUAGAGAAGCCAAUCUUAGAGGCACUUACACAUCAGAAACAAUGUCAGAUACGCCUUCUUCCGAUACACCAGGCACUCCAGAAUAUAUUGGCACAUCAAAAGUAACUGAACAUUCUCGCAUACCACCGUAUUGCAUUCAUGAUAUUGCAAAAACCCCAGAGAGAUCACUAUCUUCUACACAAUCGAGUGCAUCGGAAACAUUUUCACAGCCAGAACAGUCUGGCAUACCAUCGAGUCCUGUUAUAGCUGAAACUACAGCAAGAAUGCCAUCUCCUGCACAUUUGGGUACACCGAAAACAUCAUUGUAUCCUGGAUAUCUUGGCAUAUCGCUAAUUCCUGCUGUUGGAGAAGCACCGGCAAGAACACCAUCUCCAGCACAUUUGGGUACACCAAAAACAUCAUUGCGUCCUGGAUACCUUGGCAUAGCGUCGACUCCUCCUAUUGCAGAAACACCAGCAAGAACGCCACCUCCAGCACAUUUGGGUACACCAGAAAAAUCAUCACGUUCUGAAUACUUUGGCAUAGCAUCGACUCCUCCUAUUGAAGAAACACCAACAAGAACAUCACCUCCAGCACAUUUGGAUACACCGAGAACACCAUCGUAUCGUGUAAACUCUGAUAAUUCAAGAACCGAAGCGCAUUUGCCAUACGUUAGACCGGCUGGAACUUAUAGAUUUCCAGGUAGACCAAGACGUCCUAGUCAAUACGUUAUAGCAGAUACUUCUGAUACUUCAGAUACAUCUGGACAUCGUGGCACAUCAGAAACGCAGCCAUAUUCUGAGACUCCGGAAACUUAUGAUACUUCGAGUAGACAAGACAUUCCUGGAUAUAGUGAUACAUCAGAAACACAUCCGUCUCCUGAAUAUCAUGAUACAUCUUAUACUUCAAAUAGACAAGAUACUUCUGGAUACCAUGACACCUCAGGAACAAAAUCGUAUUCUGAAUAUCCCAUCACACCUGGAGCUUCUAUCUCCCCUGAUAAACUAAGACCUUUUGAACAUGGCAGAACAAAAACUUCUUCGAGUAGAGUAGGCCAUUCUGAUCAUCGUGGAGGAUCAGGAGGAAUACAACAUGCUGAAUAUCCUGACAUGCCAGAAAGAUCUAAUAGACCUAAUAUACCACGCUAUCCAUCUUAUACAUCACAUUCAAGCUAUAAUGGAUCUCUUAGAUAUCCGUCAACUUAUCCUAGCAUUCCGAGAACAAGCGGAAGACCAGGUUUAUUUGGAUUCCCCGAGAAGCUGGAUGGCAUGCUUCUUAGAAAAUCAAAUUACCCAAUUCAUAUUGGAUAUCCUUCUUAUCUCAAUGGUCCUGAGGACCUUGUUGAACCAGAAGGAUCUAUCGGAGACGUCGGUGGUGAUGGUGAACCAGGCCCAGAUGGUCCAUGGCCAACCGGAUCUCCAGGACCUGACGGACCAUGGCCUGGUGAUCCAGAAUAUUACUCAGGUGUAAUUCAUUCCGCGCAAUCGCGAUCUCGUGGUCCUGUGAAAAUUGUACAGCUCAAAUCUUAUACACGGAUAAAUAAUAGUUCAUCGAUAAAAACAGGUUUUCCAGAACAAAUUAAUUUAAGAUCACUUAUAAAGUCGAAUUCUAAUUUUGCUAGUACGAUAAGUAACGAUAAAUUGUCAGAGGUUUCAUAUCCUAUCAAAGUAAGCGAAGUCGUUGAUUUUGAUCGCAAUAGAUUUAAGACGCAAGGAUAUGAACAAAUUGAUGAAGUAAAUAUUAACCACAAUGCGAAAGAAAUUAAUUCAUUGAUGCAUGAUACAUUGAAAACGUCAGGUCAUCUAAAAUACACAUUCUCAAAAAAUCAUACGGACAAUCUGGAAAAAGAUGAAAUUACUGAUAAGAAUAUUAAGGCAUACGGUUCGAAAAUUGAACAUAAGCAAAAUAAUCAAUAUGAGGUAAUAGAUGACAUUAGACGAGCAGAAGAACCGAAAGAAGACUUUGAACAAUUCUCUGUUCAUCGUCAGAAACAAUACCGAAAAGAAUUUAAAUUUCCCGUCAAUCGUACUUUUGCAUCCCAAGACAUUAUUAAAGAUGCACUAGAUCAAUCUUAUAAAAUAGGCCAUCAAGGAAGCCGCCUUAUAAUGCAUACGAAGUUCGAUAGAUAUGAAGAAAACAAAGACCGAGAAAAUAUUGAUUCUCCUGAAGAGCAAACUAUUGCUGUCAUAGAACAGGUAAAUACAUCGUCCGAGGCAGAACAAAUAGAUCAUGGUAUAAACGCAACGGGAGUUCAACCACCACAUUCGAUCAAUGUUAAGUCCUUUUCAUUACCCCUAGGACCGAAUCCACAAGCUUGUCCUUGUUAUUUAGUUGAGUCGUACAAGGAAAAUGAUAGCACCAGCAGCACGACAUCCAUUCCUCUCAUUGGUCAGCUUGGAUUCAUCCCUGUCAUUUUUGUACCGUACUGUCCCGGUAAUAAGGCAGAUAGUCAAAAAAUGAAGCUUAUUUAUCCCUCCGCAACACCCGUGCCAUACGCAUGCAAUGCAUGUGGCACGCCAGAUGAAAACGUAGAAACAAAACUUCUUGGCUUACAAUUAGAUCAGCUUGGCAAUAUUGAAAAUUUAAAGAAUAUCUUGAGUGUAGCCAAUCUUGGAUUUUUAAAUGUCCCAGUCAGAGCCCUUACCGAGAAGAGAAAGAUCAGAAACAGGAAAGUAGUAUGAAGAAUCUAGUUAACUUAUUCAUAUUAAUAUACAAAAAAUAAUAUUUUUUGCCGGGGAAGAUAAGUAUCCGCUCUUAUGAGAAUUAAAUAUGGAAUAUUGGAACUAUCCCUCUGCCAGCUGCAGGUCAGCUGAUAGAUUGGUCGAUUCGAUGAUAUUGAAAGUUAAACAUUACUUAUUGUGCAUGAUCGUUAAGAAUGCAUGUCGACUGACCGAGCUAUGUAUAUAUUACAUUAAACGACUGACUAUAAUUAUCCGUGCAUGGAACAUCGAUGAGCAUAUAAGUCGUUCGUAGAUUAAUGUUUUUAUUAUACCGACGAUAUUUUUAAAUUACUCUUUAUUUUGAAUACGGCAACAAUGCCACUUAAUGAAUAUUAAGCUUGAAUAUAUACUUUUCCUCUAUGUACUAUUUUGUCGCAUUUCCCAGGAAAACG